AUGGUCUUGGAGACAACCCCAAGAAGAUACAAUGUUCCAACUAUCACUAGCUGGACGAGCUCAAGAAUGGGUGAAGUUCAAUGCCCAACACACCUUCAAACUUGGAAUAGGUACAAGGAAGCUUUCCUUUACAGAUUUGCAAGAGGUCCGAUCUAUGUUCCACCGCCCCACCCCAGCUAUUCACAACACCAUCCAUCAUCACCAGACAUAAAUCAAGCGCCUUUAUUUGUUAAGGAGAGUUCUCAAACCCCACGCCCAACCAAGAUUGAAGUGAUGCUUCAACAAUACUUGAAGGAUCAAGCUGAGAGUACAAAGAAGAUGGAGAAGAGAAUCGAUUUCAUCCAUGAGAGUCUUGGAAACAAAUCUGAAGUCCUAUUCAAGCAAGUGAUCAAGCUUGAUGAAGACAUAAAGAAGCUUAGAGAAGACCAUGAUCGAUCUCUAAACCUUAUAAGACUUGAUGUUGCUGCCAAAUAUCAAGAGUUGCUCAACAAGAGCAUGAGAUUGAAGAUACCAACUAUGAUAAUAGCAAGCACCUUGGAUCGAUCUACAACCGCCUACAAGCCCUUGAAGGAUCAUCCUACUCCAAGUACAAGAGAGAGAGGAGUCCAACACCCAACCUCCCUCCCUUUCCUUGCAAUGCCAUCACAUAGAAGAGGCAACACUAGCCAAGUCCAUGAGGACAAUGAAGAAGAAGAAAGAGAAAGCAAGGAUACACCUAGCUCAGCCGACCCUCGUUUCUCACCACCACCACGAAGUCAAGCUUCAGAGCUUCCAAGAUUGGAAGUGAUGCAAAGACCACCACCACCUACUGAAGAAGAAGAUACUUGGCUAUGA